GAAGAAACUUCACUAUGUCUUUGAAUAAUGUCAGAUUAUGUUGCAUACGUACAAUUGUCUUUCAAUCAUGAACCUUGAGAAAUGGCCGGUUAAAUGGUGUUAAUCGAAUUGCAUAUGGAAGCAUCUGAAUAGUAAAUCAAGUUUCUUGGAGGUUUCUACUUCAACUUUAGCAAAACAGAGUUGUCUUGAAAACCAGUUCUAGUGUCUGUGCUUCUUGUCCCCUUAUCAACAUCCAAUGAUCUCCGCCAGCAUUGUUUAAUACGUGAUUGUCUUUCAUCCACGUAAAUAUAAUUCUCCCAGGCCGGCAAUGGACUGUUUCUCAUUCUCUCAGCAUGUGAAGUCUUUAUUUCAAAUACGCGGACGCCUGCAAAUACUGUUCCCUUCUUCCAUCCAAAGGAAAAGCUCGGUAUAUCAUUGAGAACAGCCCCGUGAUCUUCUCAGUUGCCUGCAAAGAUAGUAAUUGCCUGUGGAGAUCGUACUAGCAAAUGGUAGGAACUGUAGCCUCUCUCUCAUUCCUCCUAUUAUGUUUCAUUUACGGGUUUCCUUCAUCGAGUGCUGAGAAACCCACCGUUGGGCUCACCUACAGUGGUGGGAAGAUUAUCACCGAACCAGUCACUGUUUCUCUUCUGUGGUUUGGGGCUGAAUGGCGAGGAUCUGACAAAGAAACCGUACGAAAUGCCAUCAAUUCAUUAACUUCAAUGAGGUAUGACUCAGAUCUGAGCUAUGAAGUGCCCACUCUCGGGAACUGGUGGGAUGUCAUCAGACAGUACAGGGACCGCUCCAAUUUUCCGGUGACUGAUACAGUGAGUGUGGGUCCUGAAUGCUCCUACACAGGCCCUCAUGUCAACUUGACUCUAUCCCAAGUGACCGAGAUCGGGAAAGCAGCUUUCAACAGAACUUCCGUAGACGGGUUUGGGAGCUUGACCUGCAAUCAGUUUUUCCAUGUGGAUGAAAACAGUUUUUACCAUGUUCUCUUCUCCAAUACUGUGACCUUCCUUGAAGGAACUGAGCAGAGAAAGUUCACCGACAUGUGCAGCGGGAACUUCCCAGUGGAGGUAACUAAGGAUCAGCCAGUUUCCGUGCUUUGGGCAAGGGCUCCAAUGGAAGCAGAUGAUCAGUGCUCAGUGCUCCUCCAUGGUAGCCUCUACAAGGGCCCACCAAAUGGAAAUGAGAAGGUGGACAGCUUGGUGGGUAACUUGCUGGGGAAGAUUGCUGAGGAGGUUACUAACCAAGAUGGAAGAGGAUGGACUAGCAGUGAUGGGAAUGGAUUCUCAGUUAGCAGCUUGUGUACGUCUCAAUUCGAGAUGAGAAGCACUGGUCCCCCCCUCUAUGUAGAUAUAAAUGGAAGUUUCAGUUUUAAUGCCAUUGGUCUAAACGGCCGUAGAUACAUAUUACCAUACAUUUGGGAUCAGAACAUCAGGAACUGUGCCCUCAAACUCUCAGAAGCAUGUACUACUAACUUGGUCAUCCUUAAACAGCCUAGCAGUUACAUGCGUGUGGGAGUCGGAGUAAACCGCAGCGACGGUCUGCAGCCCUAUCUCCCAAAUCAGCAGUGCAAGUGGAAGAUUGAUAUCCCAAAAGCAAAGUUCUUGAGUUUUAAUGUCCACUACUUCUCCAUUGCACCAGAUAGCGAUGAUUUGCUCCAGGUUUGCCCGUCAGAUUCGAGCGAUCAUGAUGGAUGCACUGUGAUAAGUACGGCCACUAAAGAUCUAUUUACCAAAUUCAAGCUGAUGGGUUCGGAGGCUUACGUGAAGUUCGUUAGUGGUGACUCCGUCUCCUUUGAAUCAAGAGGGUGGGAGCUGAAGUACACCGCAGGACUUUGUUCUGGGAACGAAGACAUCUAUAACUCAUAUGGGCUCAUCGGGUACGAUACAUCCAAUGGCAUGUCGUAUGUACGAGGACUUAACUGUCGCUGGCUCCUCCAUGGUAAACCCGGCACUGGUGUCUCCUUAACCUUUACCCGGAUCAACAUCUCGAAAGAUUUGGAUUUCAUUGCUAUUUUCAGCAGUACGAGUAGGGAAAUAGUUAACUUCACUGGCUCCUACAAUGGCUCAAAUCUUCCACAGGUCAACUUGACGGGAAAGGUCACGAUCAUGUUUAAUACCCAGACAGAAGAAGGAGACGGAUGGUCGGCGAAUUAUUAUUUGUCUUCCCCUGGGAAACCGAGCAACAGAGCAUUACUUUUCGUUUUAGUUUUUGUAUUAGUGGCAAUGGCAGUAAGCUUCUCAAUUGGUGUUGUUGUGCUUGCUCUACUUCAAAGGAGGAGGGGAAGAAAAAGGAACCUAACUCCGCUAGAUCCUAAUGAGAGCUUUGUACUUGUCGGAAGCGAUUUCUUGAGAGAAGAGAAUCGCAUCGGCCAGGGGCAUUCUGCAGUUGUUUAUAGAGCAGUUCUUGCAGAUGGAAGAUCGGUAGCAGUUAAGUCCUUAAAAGAUACAGAAUCUCGAAUGGAGCCAGAAGAAGAGAUUCUGCUCAAAUCAUCGUCUCACCCAAACAUUGUGUCCUUGCUCGGUUCAUCGAGAGAUGAGUUACCAGGCCGAUCCAUGGUGUUCGAGUUGAUGGGCCGGGGAAGUCUGAGCUACAACUUAAGAAAGAAAGGAGAAACAUUAAGUUGGGAACAGAGGCUAGAGAUCGCGUUGCAGAUAUCCUCGGCAAUUCAGAUGCUGCACAUGUACAUGAAACCCCCUGUGUUUCACGGAAACAUAACAUCAGACAACAUUUUGCUCGAUGAGUUUUGUAAUGCAAAAUUGGGAGGUUUCGGGUCUGCCAGAUAUUGUAAUGCUGUUGAAAUAACGGAUGGGGAGGAAGAUACAUCCGAGACAGCUGAAGAUAUGUGGAGUUUCGGGAUAUUGCUGCUGGAGCUUUUAGCCGGCGAGCCUCUCCUGAACAGGAAUGACUACAGAAACUUUGGGAGCCUCAAAGAGAUGAAUGAGAUCAUGGGCGAUCAAGAAUUCGUCGACCAAAGACUGGGACUUCCGAGUGAUGACUGCAAGAUCGUGGCUCUGACAAAAUUCGGGGAUAUCGCAAAAUGGUGUGUAAGCGGAAUUUUAAGAGUUGACGAUGAGAAUCCGAAGAUUGGCGAUGUGGUGUCGGGUCUGCAGCAAGUGAAGCAACUCUUCCACUCUGCUUCAAGAUAACAGCAAUAAUGGAAAUUGUAAUAAGGCGGACCUUUCUUGCUAGUGAAAUAAAUUAGCUCGAUUAACAUAAUGUGAAUCACUAUACAAAAUUCGAGACAAAAAAUUGCAACUUUCGGUUACAUUACAGUAUGCCCUAGAUUUCAUCUUUGCAAAGAAUUAUGUAUAAACUACAAGCAAUUUAUUCUAAACGAUUCGAUA